AUGGCGGCCACCAGACACUGCCCAUCUUGGACAGACUUGCAGCCAGAGCUCCUGACCCUUGUCCUCAGGCGCCUACCCUCCCUAGCAGAUCGCAUCCGACUUGCAGCAGUCUGCCGCCCAUGGCACCACAGUGCCCGGCUAGAGCCCUUGCCCCCUCCGUUCCCGUGGCUCACCCUUCGUGACGGCACCUUCCUCAGUGUCUCGGACGGUAAAAUUCACUCCCUGCCUUUAGUACAACCAGACAAUUUUCGGUGCAUUGGCUCCGUGGGCAACUGGCUCUUACUCGAGCAGCGCACCGGUGACGGGGCCUCACUGCUGAUGAACCCUUUCUCCAAGGAUGUCGUGCACCUACCUGAUGCAGAAACCAUCUGGUGUCACAGUCACAGGCCGGUGGAUGGCUACCGAAGCCCAUAUAUCUUGCUCAAGCUGGUCUUGCUCUCGUCCAUGGACGUCUCACCAGAUUCUGUUUUCGCGAUACUCAUCACAAACUGCAAGUAUCAGAGUGUAAUCUCCAUCUGUCAGCCAUCGACGGCCUCUGCAUUCCGUGUGCUUGACCAUGAUCGCAUAUGUGAUGUUGCAUUCGUUGAUGGGAAGCUAUAUGCUCUCGCACCCAGGAAGCUCUUCGUCCUUGAGGUUGAGUCAAGCAGCAAAUGCAAGCCAAAAAUCUCAUCCAUGAAAUGCAUCGCAAAUGAUGUCAUACACCAAACCGUUGCUAGUGAGAAAAGUAUCUGUAUGUAUUUCUUCUAUCUUGUAGAGUCCAGUGGUAGAUUACUGCAUGUAACGCGACUGGUUGGAGGCUUCUUGUCCUUGUCGCCGGGGAAAGAUCGGACGAAGUUUUGCCGUACCUUUUCAUUUGACGUAUUUGAGGUCGAUUUGACCACCUCUUCUACUGUUCAAUGGAGGCGGCUCAAUUCUCUAGAAGGCGAAGCACUCUUUGUUGGCCCAUACUCCAAGGCUCUCCAUGCUUCUGAGUACGGAGUUCAGGCAGAUUGCAUCUACUUCAUGUGUGACUAUGGUGGAAGAGAUUGUCCCGCAGAUCCUUUCCGUGACAGUGGUGUGUUCAACAUCACAAACGGGACGAUCACACCUUUGUUGCCAGAGACAAUAAUGCAGGUGCCAGAAGGUAUUGCGAAAGGAUGUUCGAUAGAUAAAUUUUAUGCAGCUCGUCCAUCAUGGUUUUUCGUCUACUGA